CAAACCGAAUGGAUUGGUUUUUCCUCCGGAACUGAAAAGGCUUGAAGUACGGGAAAGGAUACUCACACUGAGCUUUCAUCGUGUACAGCCUCGCCAACGCUCGUCGGUGAAUGAGGUUGAGAAUAACAAUGACUGCAGGAUUAUCUCCAGCGUUGGCCGUUAUCGUCGUCAGUGCCGCCUGUGUGCAGAAAUACGGCGUCGCGCGGUGGAGAAUUCGAUAGGUGCAAUUUCCACGGUGAUAACUUGAGUCUUCAUCUUCGAUUGGAAAGGAACAGGUGGGAAGGGUUUCUCUAACCAAUUUCGUCAGUUUUCGUGGGAAAACCACUGUACAGAGGGUUCGUUGCGGUGCGGUUCGAGUGUUCGUUGAAGAAGUCGAAGUGUAUCUCGCACACCUGUUUCCUGCACCGUGGCAUCGCCACUUUGUGUGGAGUGUUCCCCGCCAAGUAAGCACCACCCGAUUCGUCGUUGGUGAAAGUUUUGUUAUUAAUUCUUUAUCUCGAGUUUGUGUUGUUCUUUGGUGAGUUGAGUUGUUGUUGGUGCUGGUAUUUCCUUCGACCUUGGGGAGCCGCCAACAUUAUCUAAAGAGCAAAGUUCUAUUACACAUCUUUACUCGGUUGAAAUCCAGUCCGAUAUCAGUCAGUGGGAGGUUCUGCUUGGACAUUUUUCCUGCGAGUUGUACCACCGAGAAAGUGAUCCAACGUCAUGAAUAUUUUAUGCUCGCGACAACGAGUGUGUUUCACUUUUGUGCUUCCUUGUCAGUCGGUGCAAAAAUAAUAUCUCACUCGGAACAACAGAAGAAGCAGGCAGUCGGUUUUUUUCUAGGAAGCAAAUGAAAAUAAGAGAGGCAAAUCAUAAUAGUCAUAAAGAAUAAAGAAAAUAUAAUUGAAACAUGUUUCCGAGAGAAGAUGGGAAGAAGUGUUGUUGCAGCGAGCAGAACUGCAAAAAGUGAAGGAAAUUAAAAGACGCUGCGAUUCACGCGUUGAGAAGUCAAGGAACCAGAAGCCCUUGAAGAAAGAAUAUAAAAAGUAAGGUGCCCGGCAAGGGGAAAGUGGAUGAUUUAUUCAGUGGAUCUUCUCGGUUCAUCGAAGUGUGGAUGAGGAGGCAACAGUGAGGAUAGCAACAGCAGCAGCAAGGUGAAGGUUGUGCGAAAACUGUAAAUCAAGCGGAACGACGACCACGAAUAAUAUGAAUGCGAGUCCUGGAAUCGUCUUCAUCAUUAUCAAGGAGGACGUCUGCGUUGUGGGCUCUUGAAGAAGGAGGUAUCAUCCUUCGUGGGAGUCAGUAAAGUGGUUGUGGUUUUGUUUUUUCGAGUGAGAAAAGAUUUCCAAGAGGAAGAAAAUAAUAUUGAAGGAGAAGUGAAUUUGGCAUUUGGAGCUUCGUUAUUUGUGUGUUGUGCGAGCUGUUUGAAUAGCUGGAGAACCAGUUGAAGGAGGAGGAGAAAGAUUCAACCAUCGAAAACUAAUAUCGGUGCCGAGUGAGGCUCUGAGGACGACCGGGCGACGUAGCAGCCGCCGUUCAGCAAUGAUAGCCUCCGCCCAACAUCGGCAGCAGCAGCAGCAGCGAUGGACAGUUUUAAUACCGCUCCUAACGAUUGGGUUCCUGAUUCGGACAUGUCACUGCAACCUGCCACCGAUUUUCACGCAAGACAUGAACAACCUGGCCCUGCCGGAAACGACGCCGGUAGGCAGUGUCGUGUACCGGCUGGAAGGUUACGACCCGGAAGGCGGUAACGUCUCGUUCGGACUGCUCGGCUCGGACAACUUUAUGGUCGAUCCGAUCAGUGGGGACGUCAAGGUGAUAAAACCGCUGGACCGUGAGGACCAGGACACCCUCUCCUUCUCGGUGACCAUCAAGGACCGCGUCAGCUCGGCGGGAAUUGAUUCGGAGAACGACAACGUUGUUAACGUUCCCAUCACGAUAAUCGUGCUGGACGAAAAUGACAACCCACCGGAGUUUCGCAACGUUCCCUACGAAACGGAAGUCCUGGAGGACGCUAAACCGGGUACCACCGUAUUUAGUGACAUUCUGGUCACCGAUCGGGACACCGUCGGUGAAAACCUGAUCGUCAAUUGCAUUCCACAACCGUUGAAUCCGGACGCGUGUGAAAAAUUUGCCAUCGAAACGGUCGAAAGCGGCCAGGAUCGGCUGACGGCUGCUGUGGUGCUGAAAGGUCGCCUGGACUACAACGAACGGAUGAUCUAUCAGAUUCUGCUGGAAGCUACCGACGGCAUGUUCAAUGCUACGGCUGGUCUGGAGAUUCACGUGAAGGAUGUUCAGAACAGUCCACCGGUGUUUCAAGGAUCGCUGGCGGCGGUGAUCAACGAGGAUAGCAAAAUCGGCACUUUGGUGAUGACGAUACACGCGAGGGAUGGCGAUCGGGGACAGCCCAGGAAGAUUGUGUACGAAUUGAUCACGAAUCCAAUGGACUAUUUCUUGUUGGAUCGUCAAACGGGUGAGCUGCGAACUGCCAAGCCGCUGGACAAGGAAGCUCUUCCAGAUGACACUGGGUUGAUCAUUUUGACGGUUAAGGCGCGGGAACUGAUUGAUGGGGUCCCUGGCAAUGAUAAUCUUACUACAGCAACAACGCAAGCAUCGAUUACGAUACGUGAUGUGAACGACUCUCCGCCGAUGUUCAACAAAAAGGAAUACUUUGUAUCCUUAUCGGAAAAUACGGCUCCGGGAACUCCUCUCCCAAUUGAGAUGAGUGUCCAUGAUCCAGAUGUUGGGGAGAACGCUGUUUUCUCCUUACGCCUCAACGAUGUUUCGGAGGUGUUCGACGUUGAGCCCAAGUUGGUUACAGGCUCGUCCCAGAUAAGCAUUAGAGUUGCAAAUGGAUCUCUCGACUACGAAAAUCCCAAUCAACGGAAGUUCAUCGUAUUGGUGAUAGCGGAAGAGACGCAAACGAAUCCAAGGUUGUCUUCGACAGCUACUUUAACAGUUUCCAUCACCGAUUCGAACGAUAAUAGGCCCGUAUUUGAGCAGGAUUCGUACUCUACCACUGUAUCAGAAACGGCUCAUUCCGGUCAUCUAAUUACGACAAUCACUGCAAGAGAUUUGGACUCAGGACAUUUUGGCGAUCAAGGAAUUCGCUACUCAUUAUCUGGAACGGGUGCUGAGUUGUUCAACGUCGACCCAAUAACAGGCGCAAUCACGGUAGCUGACUGCCCUGCCACCGAGCAUGACAACAAUAAUAGAAGGCGUCGGCGACGGCGCCAAAUUUCAUCGUCCGAUGAGUCGACAGAAGAGUAUCCGGAAUUGAAGCGAUUCAACGUGUCCACCGAUGGGCGAACGGGUGUCCUGGAUCGCGGAGCCGACUACAUGGCCUACAAAAUCUACAACAACGGCGAAUCCAGUGAGUACCGGGACGUGAAUGUCGUUGCCCCUCCAACGGUUUCCAGCGAAUGGGAAACAUCCAGUUCGGAAGAGAGCGACACGACCCCCGCUACGGAUCCGGAAGAAUUCUUCACCCCGUCCACCACCAACACACCGAUUCACUCGAACGAGAUUCAGCACCGGGCGGAUGUCGGUCCGGGACGGGCACCCUGCCUGGACUACGAAAACCAAUCCGUGUACUAUCUGUCUUACAAGGCCACCGAUGACGAGGGUCGGGGCCAGACUUCGGUUGUGUCGCUGCGGAUCACCCUCCUGGAUGCUAACGAUUCGCCACCGGUGUGCGAAAGUCCACUGUACCGGGCCUCGGUCGAUGAGGGAGCCACCCUGUUCGAGCCGCCGCUCGUCAUCAAAGCCCGCGACCCGGAUGUAAUUUCGGAAAUUAAUUAUCGCAUUAUUGGAAACGAAGCCGUUACGCGCCAUUUCGAAAUCGACAAACGCACCGGACAGCUGACGAUUUCGAAAAGCACCGUUCUCGAUGUGAAUCAUUUGAAGUCGGAGAACGUGUUCUUUGCCGUAGAGGCAAGCGAUGGCCUUUUCACCACCCUGUGCAACGUGAACAUCACCAUCCGGGACGUGAACAACCAUGCACCACAGUUCUCCCGGGAGCACUAUCUGGCCUCGAUCGAGGAGAACUUCCCGAUUGGCACUCGAGUCGAACGUUUACAGGCCGUCGAUUUGGAUACGGGCAUCAACGCCGAGAUCAGGUACCGCAUCCAGCAGGGAAGCUUCGAUGACUUCGCCAUCGAUAACCAAACCGGGGUGGUGACCAUCGCUCGCAAAUUGGACUACGACCGGAGGAACACCUACCAGAUGGAAAUCGUGGCAUCGGAUCUCGGCACGCCGAGCCUGUCCGGGACGACAACCCUGACGGUCAGCAUCAUCAACAGCAACGACAAGGCACCGUACUUUACGCCGACCACCCAGCGGGCGGAAGUGUCGGAGGACGCCGAGGUGGGAACGCUGGUGCACACGCUGGUGGCGCUCGAUCCGGAUGUUGCGUCAAGCGAAGCGCUGGAUUAUGCGGCAACGGAACCCAUUACCGCCGUCGAUAAGGACGGGAAGGAGGUGCGCGAUAUGGAGGACUUUAAGGAUAUGUUCCGAAUCGAUAGGACCGGGAAGGUGUUCGUCAAUCGGAUGCUUCAGCGGGAUGACUUUGCGGUGAUCCGCAUUACUGUCCUGGUAACGGACACAACCGCACCGUCCAUCCAGCAGGGCGAAGGACUUCUCAUAAUCACAAUCAUCGACGUGAACGAAGAACCUCCGCUGUUCCUGCCACCGUGGACACCGAAGGACCCUCGUUACCGGUUCCAGGUGCUCGAGGAACAACCGAUCGGAACCAUCCUGACGACGAUGCAAGCAACAGAUGCCGACUCGACUGUCGCCGAGUACCGGAUGACAGAUAACAGCCAUUUCGAGAUAAACAACACAACAGGUCUGAUCCGCACCAAAGCCCGUAUCGAUUAUGAACAAACGCCAACGAUCCAGUUCAACGUCACCGUGGUGGACACCGGAAUCCCGCAGCUGACCUCUACGGCCGAGGUAACGGUCGACGUCAUCAACACCAACGACAACGAUCCGGCCUUCGACGAGCCCGAGUACGAAAUGUCCGUCGUGGAGAACGCACCCAUCGGAACGGUCGUUGGUACGGUGUCGGCCCGGGAUGCCGAUUCGGGACCGUACGGUCAAAUAACGUACUCUCUGGUCGGUGACCACAGUGCCACCAGCUUCGCCAUCGAUCCGGACACUGGCGUCAUAACGGUGCGCGACGCUACAUCCCUGGACCGCGAACGGACGACUGAAAUAGGGCUCACUGCCAUCGCCACCGAUAGGGCGCCGGAUGGAACCAGCCGGUCCACCACGGCACCGGUCACCAUCAAACUGUUGGACGAGAACGACAAUGUGCCGACCUUCUCGCAGAAGAUUUAUCACGCUACGGUAGCGGAAAAUGCAGCACUCAAUCCACCGGCAGCAAUCUUGCAGGUUUUGGCCACCGAUCCGGACGAGGGCCCGGCCGGCGACGUAAAAUAUAGCAUCAUCGGUACCGAUAUUGAAAACACCUUCCGGCUGGACGCAAACUCUGGCAUCCUGUAUCCGUACGCGAGUUUGCUGGGACUCGAUGGCAACUACCGUAUUCAAAUCGAAGCCCGCGACGGGCUUGGUUCCGGUCCUCACAGCGAUCAAGCCGAAAUUAAAAUCGAAAUACAGAGCAUCAACCAGCAUCGUCCGAUUUUCAUCAUGCCGGCGUUGUCAAACGCCACGGUGGAAAUACCAGAGAAUUUAGCGAUGACGGAUUAUCUCGUGAUGACGGUCAAAGCGAACGAUAGCGACGAGGGAACGAACGGCAAAGUUUUGUACCAUCUGCAGGUCAACAAUCAAAACGUCCAGGAAACGGACGAAUUCAUCAUCAACGAAAUGUCCGGUGAGUUACGCAUUCGCAAACCACUGGACCGCAAGAAGCAGUCCCGCUUCGAGUUGAUUCUGGUGGCCCGCGACCAAGGCACCCCGGCAUGGUUCGAAACACUGCGCUUCCUAACGGUUCUUCUAGUGGACGUAAACGAGAACCACCCCGAGUUCCCGGACGCUUCCAAUCCGUACAAAUUCUUCAUCGCUGAAAACAGUCCUCGGGAUAUUCGCAUCGGAAAAAUUCAAGCCUAUUACGAUACGCCUGAUCCCAAGAUCUACUAUUACAUACUACUUGGUAACGAGGACGGUGCAUUCUAUGUGGAUAAAACCUCAGGCGAUAUCUACACCAACAAGUCGUUGGAUCGUGAGGAAACCGAUGUCUAUGCUUUGUAUAUUCAAGCCAGCAAAAAACAGGACCUUCUAAUCACCGAACGCGACCGGAUGAUGAUGUCGAUCAAGAAGUUGGAGCGGGACAGCACCGUAGCUAAGGUUUGGAUCACGGUCCUCGAUGUCAACGACAAUCCGCCGGUUUUCAAACAGGAUGUGUACUACGCCGGUGUUAGUUCCAAAGCUUCGAUCAACGAGUUGGUGACCAUCGUCAAUGCCACCGAUCGCGAUUUGGGUGUCAACUCUACCAUGGAGCUUUUCAUCAGCGGGUCAUAUCUGUACAAAUAUGGAUCGGUCAGGACUACUGGAAGUAUUGUACCGAGCCCGUUCAGCAUUAGCAAAGAUGGUCGAAUUACCACCGCGAACUACAUGGCGGAGUACAACCAGGACCGCUUCAUUCUGGAAAUCGUUGCCAAAGAGGUGGAAUCCCCCGAGCGAGUUGCCACAUCGAAGGUCUACGUUUGGAUCUUCAACCCGGAGCAGCUGGUGAGAGUGAUUCUAUCGCGACCGCCGUCCGAGGUUCACCUGGAACGGGAUGAAAUCAUUUCCGAGCUGUCCAACGCCACGCAGAAGCUGAUCAUCGUCGACGAGAUUCGGUACCACGUCGACGGCUUGGGACGCAUCCGGAUGGAUUGGUGCGACAUGUACUUCCAUGCGGUUGAUAUGAGCUCGCAGACGAUCGUGCCGAUGGAGGAGAUCCUGCGUGAGAUCGACGCCAAGUAUGACUUCCUUCAGGAUUACAAUGCCGGAUUUUCGAUCGAGAACGUGGUCCCGGCCUACGCAACGAAUGUGCAGGACGAGUUUGAUUUGGCCCUGGCUGCGAUAAUCGCUCUGCUGAUAGUGCUGUUUGUCGGUGCCGUAAGCUUCAUCGUGCUGUGCUGCUGUCUCAAGCAUUGGGUCAUUACGAUUCCGAACGAAACCAGAAGAAAGGAUGCUCUGAUCAAAAAGCAGAUUAUCGAAGAUCUAAAUACGACCGAGAAUCCACUCUGGAUUGAGCAAAAAUUAAAGCUCUACGAGGAGCAGGAACUGACGAUGCAAGUGUUUUCCGAGCCGGAGCUGACGCAACAGCACCACCAACAGCAGCUGAACAGCUCGAACAACACAUCGUCGUCGAUGGCGAGCCACCAGCACCAGCAACAUGCGAUGCAACAGCAGGAACAGGCACUGGUCCUGGGGCUCGAUCGGCGGGACUCGUACCCGGAACUGUCCCAAGGGGGUGGCGAUAACACGUACGCCACCAUCCAGCCACGCAAUUAUGCGUCCAAUCUGAGCUCGGUGCUGAUGGGCACCAGCGGGAUUGGCAGUGGUGGGGGCAGCGGCGGGGGUGGAGCUCCCGCAGGCGGUCUGAGCGGAGAAAUGUCGGAUUAUGCGACACUGCGGAACAGCAGGGCACCGUCGAUGUACGAGUUCCGAGGGUCCACCUUUCAGGUGCAGCAGCCAAACGGCGGUUCCGGCGGUGAUCAACCGGACUACGUAACGGAACUGAUCUAAUAAAGAAUUUUCGAAUGGCAUCGAAAUGUUUUAACCCAACCGUGGAACAAUCCUUUUUAAAUCCUUGAUGGAUGCAAAGUUUCGUCAUCAUUUGGGUUUUAGGAUAGGAUAUCAUUAGAAGAGUGAAAAUCAAUUCAAAUCACAAAAUAAUCGAAAACGAUUGCCAAGUAGGAAAAGUAAAAACUCCCCCAGAAGUGAAAGACAAGAAAUGCUCAACGUGUUUGACACCCGAUUGAAAUACUCUUUUGAGGAUUACUGAAGAGUAACGGAUAACAAAUCACUCUUUGCUAGACAAUAAAUAGGAAGAAUAGUUUUUAUGACCAGAAGGGCACCAGGAAAACGAUGAGGCACUCCCCGCGCGGACCCAUACUGAGAUUAAGUUGUUAUUAAUUUAAGUUAUGAAAACCAUAUUAACCAAUGACCACAAGAAUAAACGGUGAUCAAUCACGCUCCGGUAUUUUGGGGGCAGGGUGCUUUACGGGGUUGCGACCGGGGUCACCAUGCAGAGCCAUUCACAUUACGCAAAACCAACACGACUGACCGGCGACGAUUUCGGGUUCAUUAAAAUUUCUCCCAUUUUCUGCCAACAACCAACCAACGAUCGAACCACCACAGCCGCCCGCGCACACGUGGCAUGUCAUGUGAGUGAGUUAAACAAAUGAAUUCAAUUAAAAAACAGCGCAAAUUUAAAUCGAGGAAAAAAGUUCGUCUCGUCAUUUGAUCGAUUUUUUUUUAUUUUCGAAAAAUUGGUGAGGCAUAAAGUUCAGAACAUAAAAUCAUUGGAAUGAGACAAGAAAAACAAGAGAAGUAUACAAAACUAAUCGAUCGAUUAGUAUGCAUCGAAACCGGCCGAUCGAUGGUCCAAUAACGAACUUAUUCAAUGUAUGGCCUUCAUUCCACAUACUUGCUUUACAUAUCUUCACAAAAAUAUUUUGAUGCUGCAUGAAAUUCCAGUUUUUACUGUUUCGCUACUGUGAGCUUUUGAACGCUAAUCUUGAUGAAAAGAUAGUGAAAUUUAAUACGUACAGGAAACGUACGAAAAGUAAACAUGAAUGUAUUGAUUGUGAAUAAAACUAAUAAAGAGCUAUUCUACAUUGUUUUCAAUUUUCUUAUAUGUUUUUGUAUUUUCCAAACACGAAAAAAGCUUCAACAUCAUUGCUUGCGAGAUUAAUAUUCACUUGGAUCAUUUGAUGUUUCAAAAUUAACUCAAACUGUGUUGCUUUUCUUGCAAAUGAAUAAGUUAAGAUAUGUAAAGUACGACUAUUGCGCAGACUUGCCUCAUGUCCUGUGUAUGUUUCGCAAAUGGUACCCGAAUCGCUCAUCAUGUUAGUGAAAACUAAGCACAAAUGUAACAAUACUUAACAUGAACAGAAUAUCAGUUAGUGGCACAGUUGUUUAAGCGGUUGUUUUUAUUUUCAAAAAUCGUUACACUAUUUACACCUGUUAGAUUGAACAACGGUCACUAUUUCAAUUAUCGAUUACUAUCCUGAUUGACAUUCCACUAUUGACUGAUAAAAUGAAGCUCAACCUAAAGUCCAUUCGUCCUUGUGUCAUGAUCAAAAUAUAAGCCUGAAUCUGUUAAAAUGAAGUAACCGUAUGAAAAAAUGAGAGCGUGCUGUUAAUUUAUAAAACAAACCAAGAACCGAAUCGUCGAGGUAUCGAGAGUUCAAAAAUUGUAAAUAAUUCAAUCUAGUAAAAAUGGAUGAGGAAAAAUUAAAUUAUUAAAAAUCAAUUAUGUUAACGAGUUAAUGGAGGCAAGCAACGAACAUGGGUGGAAUGCGUAGCACUCCGUUCAGUUUGGCGAUUUCGCAUUGGUCGCGGUAAAAAAAAGCUCAAACAAUCGGAGUUAACGAGCGACACGGGGUAAUUGCCCGUAGCGAACACAAAAAAGUGAAAUUUAUACAAACUCAUAAAAUUCCAAGGGGCUGGGAACUCACGACAGACAGCUACCCGUUUUCGCGGGGAUUUCGCUAAAUGUACAAAACCGGAAAGCGGCAGCCGUCUUGUUGGAUACCAUUAUAGACUUUUAUUUUGUUUCUAAUCUUAAGAAUUGUAAUAGCAUUACUUCGAUUAGGUGGCAUUCUUGGCAAGCCAUAUAUGGGGAACGACAACAAAGUUCGAAAACAUUUUAGCACACAGGCGGAUAAAAUUCCACAAAACAAAAGAAAAUGAAAACCAGAUCAAAUAAUUUCCGAACAAAUGUACGGUUUCUGUGAAGAGAAAAGUAAGUAAAGUUUUUUAGUAAAAUUGUAAUAAUUAUAAGA